AUGCAAACAAACAACAACAACUCCUUCCGUGUGGAAGAGCCUCUCGCAGUUGAGGAGCAAGAUGAAUCUUUUCUCCGAUUCUUGGAUCAACAGGCUCAUCAAUUGUUGGAUAAUUUUGAACAAGAGCAUCACUCGGAGGAAAAUUUUGAACAAAAGCAAAAAAAGACUCGUACUAAGUAUUCAUCCUUGUCAUCGACGAAAAACAUGAUCAUUCUUGAUGAAGAUACAGUCUCGGAAGAAUUCCAUGUGAUUUCAAACUUAGAAUCAUGGAAACAUUUGAAUACUCAGCAAAAUCCGACUCGUUUUCAUGUACAUAAGAAAUAUCAAUGUCGAAUCUUGAAAGGACACAUUCAAGGCCUGAAUGAUCCAAUAGGGAAUAUUUUACUGGGAGGAGAGGACGUGGAUUUCAGCCCAAUUGUCUCAACUUCAAGUUUGCAUCGGUUGUUUGUGUCUGAAAGAGUGAGUGCAGAUGGAAGUGAGGCGUUUUUUAAACGUUUGAAGAAUUUGAAUGUAAUGGAUCAAUUGUGUGAAGAGGAUCAUGUGUUUGAUAUGAAUUUUGGAAGUAUGCACACUUUGCUGUGUACGAGAAGAGGAAGAGUUUUUGGAUUUGGAAACAACCAAUUUGGACAGUUAGGGCUUGGUACUGAAACCUACAUUUCCAAACCAAGAGAAAUUGUUAUUUCGGAUGAGAAUGGGAAACAAAUCAUUUUUAGCCAUAUUUAUGCAUGUCAAAACUCGUCCUUUUUCCUUAGUCAAAAUAACCUGCUUUAUUGGUGUGGAAAUGGCAGGGAAAAAGUGGUUAAAAAGGUCCGCAAUGAUUUCUCCUCUAAAAUCAAACAAAUCGAUGGUACACAGCAUAUCAUUGCUAUUGUUUGCGAGAAUGGAGACUUUUAUUUGAGCCGGCAAUCGAAAUUUGGAUCCUUUGAUUUACUUGCUAUACCUUACAGGGUCAUACAGUGUGCUCUAUUUGGGGAUAAGGUUGUGAUUUUGACCAGCAGUUAUGAGAUGUUUUCUGUUGAGAAAUAUUUCAAAAUUUUAACACGAAUUCGACUUGAAUUACCAAUAUUUGAACAUGUUGAAAGUGUUCGAGCGACAAAUGAUCUUUGUUUCUUCUUGACAUCCAAUCGAGAAAUUUAUGUUGCCAAAUCAAAUUUACAGCCAAAUCUAUUAAUUAAGGCACCACCUCUUCCACCACAUUUCAAAUGGUUUUUAUCCACACAAAAUUCAAGUGACUAUUUUUGUGUGUUUGUGAAAAAGUAUUCGCAUUUGAAGAGACAGAAUUGGUUUUUUGGAAAUUUGUUAGGAUUGAUUAAGCAAAUGAAUGGAGGAGCAGCACAAGCUCAUUAUUGUGACAUUCAGGUGAAAUGUGGUCACUAG